AUGGAAUCUAGUAAAUAGCAGCAACAAUUCAAAGGGAAGCAGGAGAGCAGAAUGCUUCUUUAUGUUGAUGCUUUGAAUUACUCUAGACGGUUUUUCAAUGACUCAAACUUUUGGAACUUAAAAAAGCCUUUUAUAAAAAUCAGAAGAUUUGUAGACGCGGCUCGUAAGUCAGGAAUUGAUAUUGAAGUUUACAUUGAUGCGGGCAUGCAAACAAAAGAAGCGUUAACUAAAUGGAGGACUAGGAGAGAAGCUUAAGUCAAAAAGUGUGAGAUGAAUGUCCCCACUUGCCUAUCCUAAAUAUAUGGUGAUAUGUUUAGAGGACUCAAGGUGCCUGUCUGGUAUUCAGAUGUGGACAAUGAUGACACCUUAGCUUCAUAUGCACAUUUCUAUGGAGCAUGUAUUUUGAGUUAAGACAAAGAUUUCUUCAGAUAUACUGAAGGGAGGUUCCCCAUAUAUCACGACUUUAUCAUAGAUGAUAAAGGCUAUUUAAUUUUACAAAGAGCUAAGGAAUUUGAUCAUCCAAAGAAGAGGUCAAUAAUUCAACCUCCACCUAACGUUUUUGAAUAAUAUCCAAUUAUUCCAAAAAUUCAUUAAAUGAAUGAGUACUUAAGAGGCUGUCCUAGUGCCUUAACAAAAUAUACUGGCAAUCUGCAACGAACAUUUACAGAACUAAGAGCAUAUUUUUACUUUUAAUAGGGCAUAAAUUUCCCAGUUAACGAGAAAUAUCCUGAAUGGGAUCCUGAAUAAGAGGAGGUUUACUGGACCUAGGAGAUAGUCGAGCCAGUCAAAAAUAUGUUCAAAACUAAAGUACUAGACAUAAGAAAAAUAAUUGAUUACUAUAAGGAUAAAGUUGUAAGACCGGACAUUUUAAAAGAUGAUGAGCUAGCUUGGAGCAAUCAUCUUUAUGCUUUUGCUGCAUUAAUUAGUGAAAUCCUUGCUAAAAUAUUCAGAAAACCUAUGCACGUAUAUAUACAGUAAUGCCAAGAUUAUAUGACAGAAAUUGGAAUGAUGAAUAAAAUUGAUAAUAGAGGGAAAAAGCAUACUCAUAAAUUGAAAAUCGGAAAAUAGUAAAUCGAAAAUAACCCCGAAUAGGAAAUUAGUAACAUACCCACUGAAUAAGAUGAGCUAAGAGCUAUGACGGAUGAGUUAAAAGCUACAUUGUAGCUAAUGGGGAACCUAAAUAUUUAAACAGAUUUUAAUGCCUAAUUGAAAGAUCAGGAAAACUUACAAAAUAAUGAAAAAGAUAUUUCAAUAUAAAAUGCAACACUUGAUAUUCAAAAUUCUAAUGCUAACACUCCUGCUUAAGUCUCUAUUUAAUCAUCGUAGCAGAAAGACUAAUAAUCGAAUAAAAAGAACAGUAGAAAAAAUAAGAAGUAGAAAAAUUAACAAAAAGAGAUGAAAUAUUAAGUUAAAGAAAAAAUAGAGAAGGUUGAAAAAAAUUUUGAUAAAUCAUUAUAACCAUAGUAAAAAUUUGUAUACAGACCUAAAGUCUAGCAAGUUCAAAACAAUGAAUAAUGA